GACUCUCGUCUUCUCUAUAGCGCCCGUCAAGAAUCGUCUUCCUUCACAGUUCCAAUUCCAACUCCCAGAUCCCGUUGAUCCCAAUCUCCUACUCCUGUUUUCUCACUCCAAUCCAUCUAUUCAGUUCUCUCUCCACUCCAUCACUCCCAGCUAUGGACAAAUCAGCUGCGGGAAAGAACUGCUGCACCUUCUGCUAACGUUCUGUGAUGCGCGCUGCACAUAUAAAUGUGAUCCGAUGCAGUCUUUGAUUAAUUAAGCUCCACCAGAUCACCGUCGGCUCUGAAGUUUGUGGAAUUUUCGUGUUUGGGCUGAAGUAUUUCAAUUUAUUGCCAAACGAUGGAUAAGUCAAGCGCUUUGGAAUACAUUAAUCAGAUGUUCCCCACAGAGGCAUCUUUAUCUGGUGUGGAGCCACUUAUGCAAAAGAUCCAUAAUGAGAUACGUCGUGUAGAUGCUGGAAUUUUAGCAGCUGUUCGCCAGCAGAGUAGUUCAGGGACCAAAGCAAAAGAAGAUCUUGCUGCUGCUACGUCAGCUGUAGAGGAACUCAUGUCCAAAAUCCGAGAAAUAAAAACUAAAGCUGAACAGAGUGAGACAAUGGUUCAAGAGAUUUGUCGAGAUAUCAAGAAGCUGGACUUUGCAAAGAAACAUAUUACUACAACAAUAACUGCUCUUCAUCGUCUGACCAUGUUGGUCUCAGCUGUUGAGCAGCUCCAAGUAAUGGCUUCAAAACGACAAUACAAAGAAGCAGCUGCACAAUUGGAGGCAGUAAACCAAUUAUGCAGUCAUUUUGAAGCCUAUAGGGAUAACCCGAAGAUCACAGAGCUUAGGGAGAAGUUCAAGAAUAUUAAACAAAUUCUGAAAUCGCAUGUAUUCUCUGACUUCUCAAGCUUAGGUACCGGGAAAGAGAAAGAAGAAACUAAUUUACUGCAGCAACUGUCUGAUGCUUGCUUUGUUGUUGAUGCUCUGGAGCCAUCUGUGAGGGAAGAGUUGGUGAAUAAUUUUUGCAGCCGGGAGCUCACUUCUUAUGAACAAAUAUUUGAAGGAGCAGAAUUGGCAAAGUUAGAUAAAACUGAAAGAAGAUAUGCAUGGAUAAAGCGCCGCAUAAGAACAAAUGAAGAGAUAUGGAAAAUUUUUCCUCCUUCAUGGCAUGUUCCCUAUCGUCUUUGUAUCCAGUUCUGUAAGAAAACAAGAAAACAACUUGAGGACAUCCUGGAUAAUUUGAAAGAAAAGCCAGAUGUUGCAACAUUAUUGCUGGCACUACAACGAACUCUAGAAUUUGAAGAUGAACUGGCAGAAAAGUUUGGAGGAGGUGCUCGAGGGAAGGAGAGCGGAAAUGGAAUUGAGGAAUUUGGCAGAGAGGACAGUAAUAGUCAAAAUGUUUCCGACAUAAGAAAAAAGUAUGAGAAGAAGCUGGCUGUACAUCAAGGACCAGAGAAUGAUGAAAAGAACGGAAUCAAAGAUAUGUCGGUGCCUGGAGCUGGGUUCAACUUCCGUGGAAUUGUCUCUUCUUGCUUUGAACCUCACUUGACAGUGUACAUAGAACUAGAAGAGAAGACAUUAAUGGAGAAUCUGGAAAAACUUGUUCAGGAAGAAACAUGGGACAUUGAUGAAGGAAGUCAGAGCAAUGUUUUAUCAAGUAGCAUGCAGUUGUUUCUAAUAAUCAAAAGGAGCUUAAAGAGGUGUAGUGCCUUGACUAAGAACCAGACAUUAUUAAAUUUGUUCAAGGUAUUCCAGAGAGUGCUAAAAGCUUAUGCUACCAAGCUUUUUGCAAGACUUCCCAAGGGUGGCACGGGGUUUGUUGCAGCAGCCACUGGCAUGGACGGACAGAUAAAGACUUCUGACAAGGAUGAAAAAGUUAUCUGUUACAUAGUCAAUUCAGCUGAAUAUUGCCACAAGACAUCAGGUGAAUUGGCUGAAAGUGUGCAAAAGAUAAUUGAUUCUCAACUUGUGGACGGCGUAGAUAUGUCAGAGGUGCAGGAUGAAUUCUCGGCAGUAAUAACAAAAGCGUUGGUCACCUUGGUGCAUGGUCUGGAAACUAAAUUUGAUUCAGAAAUGGCGGCAAUGACUCGCGUUCCAUGGGGUACUCUUGAAAGUGUGGGUGACCAAUCAGAGUAUGUCAAUGGCAUCAAUAUGAUUCUCACAACCAGUAUUCCCGUAUUUGGCAGACUUCUCUCACCUCUUUACUUCCAGUUCUUCUUGGACAAGCUUGCAUCAUCUCUUGGUCCGCGUUUCUAUGCCAACAUCUUCAAGUGCAAGCAAAUAUCAGAAACUGGAGCCCAACAAAUGCUGUUGGACACUCAAGCUGUGAAAACAAUUCUUCUUGACAUUCCUUCCCUUGGUCGACAGACUUCAGGUGCCGCUAGCUAUUCAAAAUUUGUAAGCCGUGAGAUGAGCAAAGCUGAAGCUCUUUUGAAGGUUAUACUUUCUCCGGUCGAUUCUGUGGCAGAUACAUAUCGUGCACUACUGCCGGAAGGAACCCCGAUGGAGUUUCAGCGAAUUUUAGAACUUAAGGGAUUUAAGAAAGCUGAUCAGCAAAGUAUACUGGACGAUUUCAACAAACACGGACCAGGGAUCACGCAGCCUUCGGUCUCAUCACCAUCAGCUACACCAGUUGUCUCCAGCACACCUCCAGCUCCUACAGUUACCAGUCCUUCAACGGUUGGGCUUAUGGCAUCCAGGGAGGAUGUCCUUACUCGAGCAGCUGCACUAGGACGAGGAGCUGCCACCACUGGAUUCAAAAGAUUCUUGGCUCUUACUGAAGCUGCAAAAGACAGGAAAGAUGGACCUUUCAGAAAACUUUUCAACCCUUGAAAGGUAAGGAGUGCCCAAUACUAUGCUACUCCUCAUCGUAUUGAACAAUGUAUUAUUUCUAGUCCUCUCUCUGUAGUAUAUAGUCGGCAAUUCUACUACCCGUUUCUUACAUAGAAAAUUACUAGAGUACCACUCAAUUUUGAAGCUUUUGGGUUUCUUUUUUCA